CUUGCUCUUCUCCCGGCUACCUUCUCCUCAUCCUCCUCCUCUCCUCUCAUUGAAACCGUGUGCGUAGCGGAGCGCCAGACUCACCCCAUCGCCCAGAUCUCGGCUCGCCCUGUCGGACCUCUGAUACCGGUUGCUGCGUACUCAAGGAGCCCCCCGCGGGAGCGUUACCCCCAGCAGCAGGACCAACCCGAAAUCCUUGUCCAGAAAGCGCAGUGAGGAGCUGGCCAGCCUGCAGGGGAGCCUCGUCAUGCUGGAAUGACAGGGCUCUGCUUUGCAAAGGCCCUGUUGGCACGUGGCGUUUGACGACAAUGAGGACAUUUUUGGAGUAACGACUGAUGGAAUGGGAAUGAUGAAUGUCCCGGAUGGGCGCUCGAAAGUCUCCACCUAUACCGCUCCUGUCUCUGAGAAGAGCAGCAGCUCGGAGUCUCUCAGCGACAGGGGCUCUUCUGAACUUAAGAAGAGCUUUGAUGCCGUGGUGUUUGACGUCCUCAAGGUCACCCCAGAUGAGUAUGCGGGCCAGAUCACACUCAUGGAUGCACCCGUGUUCAAAGCUAUCCAGCCCGAGGAGCUGUCGAGCUGUGGCUGGAAUAAGAAGGAGAAGCACAGCUCUGCCCCCAACGUGGUGGCCUUCACACGCAGGUUCAACCAGGUCACCUUCUGGGUGGUCAGGGAGGUCCUCCAUGCUCAGACCCUGAAGAUCAGAGCCGAAGUGUUGAGCCUCUACAUCAGGACUGCCAAGAAACUGUGUGACCUGAACAACCUCCAUGCAGUGAUGGCCGUGGUGUCGGGCUUACAGAGCGCCCCGAUCUUCAGGCUCUCAAAGACAUGGGCGCUCCUGAGCCGGAAGGACAAGGCCGUGUUCGAGAGGUUGGAGUACUUGAUGUCCAAAGAGGACAACUACAAGCGCUUGAGGGACUACAUCAGGAGCCAGAGCAUGAAUUCCUGCAUCCCAUACCUCGGGAUGUACCUAUCCGACCUGACUUAUAUAGACUCUGCCUACCCCUCCACGGGCAGUAUCUUGGAGAGCGAGCAGCGUUCCAACCUCAUGAACAACAUCCUGCGGAUCAUCUCUGACCUGCAGCGCUCUUGUGAAUAUGAUAUACCGUUGCUGCCUCACGUCCAGAAGUAUCUGAACUCCGUCUGGUACAUCGAGGAGCUGCAGAAGUUUGUGGAGGACGACAAUUACAAUUUAUCUCUGAAGAUCGAGCCGUGUGCCAGCACGCCUCGCUCCACCCUCUCCAGGGAGGACCUCGAAGGCCCAGAUGUGUCGGCCUCCCCCCUGUGUGGGCGUAAGGGCCAUGUAGCAGAGGGCGCCCUGGCCAAGGUGCCACAAACACCCCCUUCCCCACGCAAUCUUCUCCCCCAUGGCCACAGAAAGUGCCAUAGCCUGGGCUACAACUUCAUCCAUAAGAUGAACACGGUGGAGUUCAAGAGCGCCACCUUCCCCAACGCCGGCUCCAGACACCUGUUAGACGACAGCGUGAUGGAGAGCUACGCCCCCGCCCGCGGCCAGGCCGAGAGCUCUACCCUGUCCAGCGGCAUCUCCCUGGGCAGCAGCGAUGGCUCAGAACUCAGCGAGGAGAUGCCCUGGCCAGCCUUCGAGAGGAGCCGCUUCUAUCACUCUCUGGGCCCGGUUACCAGGGUGGGCCGCAUCCGAGGAAGUUCCAAGGCCAGCAGCUCGGCAGAGUCCGAAGAGCUGGCUGUCCACUUGUACCCCGGAGCCGUCACGGUGCAGGGGGUCCUGCGGAGGAAGACCCUGCUGAAGGACGGCAAAAAGCCCACAGUUGCCUCUUGGACAAAGUACUGGGUGGCAUUAAGUGGCACUCAGCUGUACUACUAUCCCGCCAAGUCGCUGAAAGCCACAGAAAGGAAACACUUUAAAUCCACGUCCAGCAAGAGUGUCUCGGUGGUGGGCUGGAUGUCCAUGAUGGCCGACGACCCAGAACACCCCGACGUCUUCCUGUUGACGGACUCCGAGCGAGGCAACUCCUAUAAAUAUCAAGCGGGGAGCCGGAUGAACGCGCUGCUGUGGUUUAAGCAUCUGAGUGCGGCCUGCCAGAGCAACCGGCAGCAGGUCCCAGCCAAUCUGAUGUCUUUUGAGUGACCGCUCCGGGGGAGUGGGGGUGUGAGACUCAGCAGCCAUCGGAGGGUGCUACCCACCACCUCCAUCACAGUGACCUGCUACCACCGCCUUGAGGAGCACGGAGCAUGGGUGCGAGAGACUGUCCUCCGCACACACACAACACCCUCCUCGUCUACUUAUGGAUGCUCCUACACACACUGCUUCUCCGCUGCUCUCUCGGAUCACCCACAGGGAGCAGCUUCAGACAUUGGCCUUCCAUCAUCCAUGUCUUCACAAGUUCUUGCUCACUUUGACGAACCGCAGAAAGGGCUUGCAUUCCCAUUCCUAAUUCCAGCACAGUGAGUGCAGCUCCUGAAUCUCCUCACAACCUCGCCUGGAAUUCUGUAUCGGAUCACCUGAUCACUCCAGGCUUCUCUGACGUCCCAGAGGGUCCUUGUGUGCUGUGUUCUACACUAAUCUGUUUUUUUUUUGUUUUCUUUUUUUUUUUUCAUUUUUAGGAAAUACUAUGUCUUGUAUUACUGCAUAACCACUUAUCACUUUUGAUAUCACUACUGUACCACAGAAUGUGACAUGUGUCCAGACCUCCUGAGUCUUGUGUUCUUGCCUCAAACACAAGACACACAUGUCUCUCUGUCCAACUAUGUCUUUGUCAGUGUCCGCCCCCCGCCCCCCCCGUCUCUCUCUGCCUCUCUCCUUGUGGGCUAAGCUGGCUUGGGUGCUUUAAGGUCAGCUGACUCAUUCCAGACCAAUACGUUGACCUGAUUCCAUGUUCCUUUUGGUAUUUUUUUCUUUUCUUGACAUGAGUGUCAGAUUUUCAGCCUGCUGACGUCUGGUUUGGCAGGCCACACACUCCACAUUUAAACAGGCUCUCAGAAAAGCCCUUCCUGCCAUCCUGUGGGGGGGAGUUGGGGGGGGGAGCUGAACUUUCAUAACUUUAUUUCCAAAUGACCCCGAGAUGCAAGCUGUACUGAAGCUGUGAUGUGAGUUUCGUGUUUGUAUCUGUCUGAUACGAUUUAUCGUAUCUUUUUUCUUGGGGGUGGGAUUGACAGUAUUAGUGCUGCACAUUGUUUGUUUGUUCUGUAGGGUCUGUUACAUUUGUACAUAUUUUUUUUUUUUAAAUUCACUUCUAUGCCCCCCCCCCCACCCCCCCCCAUACGUUUCUGCUAAGCGGGUGUUUUGUAAGUGUGUCCUCGUUUUGUAGUGUGGUUGUGGGUAUUAUGCAUGUUUAGCAGGAGUGAGAUUUUAUCCUUAAAAGUGGGUGCCCUGGUGUGCUGAGAUUUCAGUCUGUUCACCUGAGAUGUAGUUAAGGUAACAGUGAAUCAGAGUGCAGUUUUCUGGAAGUGACACUCCUGGGUACACGUAAAAGGAUCCACACAGGCUUGCGGUGAUCCGUCAGCUCUGCAGCAAAAUCCUCGUUUACUUCUUUGUUUACAUGAAUGAACGCUCAAGGUCCUUCACAGCAUUCCAUGGACUAACCCUUUCCCUUGUUAUGAAGCGUAGGUCAGUCUUUUGGGGAAAAAAAAUAUAUACAUAUCACAUUACUGUGCCAGGCUUAGGGUGGCUGGUCUAACCAGGAAUUUUUCAGUUCACAUUGACCCUCAAAUUAAUCCAUUAGUGUAUGAACAUGUGAGCAUGUUUGGAACGAGAGAUCUCAGUAUCUUUUUUUUUUUCCCCCCCACAAUCUGUAUAAUGGAUUUCCCAGAAGUCCCCGGAAUGAUCAGACUGCUGAAGGGGGAUCAGUAUUUAGUUUUAUGGUGAGAUGUGAAUGUGACACGGUGGCCUUGAUCUAGCAGGUCGAGGAGAAAGUGAAAAGCUGGUGAGUGUUUGAAACGGAAGCUAAGGGAAAAGAUGGCAAGUGGGUGUCUCAGAACGCGUUGAUAGGUAGAGCUGUGGAGGUACGGAAUGGGAAAUGCUUUAGCAUUCAGAUGUGUUAAAGAUGGUUUCAGGUUUCCAGGAAAGUCUAGUGUUAGUUAUGUGUGUAUGUUUACACGUGACUUUGUCCUCAAACACUAAUGACAAGUUCAGCGUGUCCGGCGCCGAUCCAUUUUGCCAACCGUGGCGCUUAUCAGCUUCAUCGCCAUCGUACCUGGUGCCUUCCGUCCUGAUGCAGCUUCCGUAGCGUGUUUGCGGGGACGUGUGCUGUCAUUUUCCCUCGCUCUUCUUUAGCAAACUGUAAGUAUGUACAGGAAGUACAACCAGCAAAGAGUUCUCUACUAUGUAGCGGCUCUCCCUUUGCUCAGCUGCCCUGCGUUCACUGCGACUUACAGGUCGAGUCGUGGACAUAAGCAGGGCAUGUUUUUUAACUGUUAAAAAAGGAAAACACAAGCCCUGAAAACAUCCAUGUGAAAAUCAACCAGAUGCAAAGUCUCAUUGUCCAGAAAUAAAUAAAACCCUUGGAGAAACCCGAUGUGUAAAGGCAGCAGUUUGCAUUUCUCAGAGAAAAACUAUCAAUACUAGGGGGGAACAAAGGUAAAUAAAACACAAAAUCAGCCCCUUCAGCUAAGUCAUGGAUCGUGAACCGGUGGAAACAAUUAUCUGUCAAUCCUUUAUUCCUGGAGUGUAUUCGGCUCAUGACUUCUGGUCUGUGUUGUAGAGCAGGCCAGUGUCCUCCCCUCCUACUGAAGCUGUACCCAAUAAAACCUCCCUUGCUUCCUCUGUAAGCCCCCCCCCCGCCAACACAUGGAAUUACACUCUGUUAUUUUCGAAUUAAGUGAUCAAAGACUUUAAGCAGGUUCAUCAAGCAGUGCCUGUCUUAACUUUAUAAAUAAUUGGGCCUAAAGGGAGGUGAUACGUGGAUUUUUCAUGAGUCUCAUGAAUGUUUUUUUGUGUGUGAAGUUUAUACUGUACAAUAUAUCCUCUUGUGUACACACAUACUGUCUGAAGAACUACUUUCAUGAACUUGCGGGGUAAAAUUGCUUACUGAAUUCACUUUGUGUUGAAUAUACAAGGAAUUGUGAAAAAGUUGUCCUCCUGGGUUGUUUAAAUGAGACACUGAGUGCAUGAAUUCUGUAUAAAAAGAAGGUGCGGAAAUUGCAAAGAGCUCCUGAGCUGGUAAAUGCUGUUUCGUUCCCGUCACACGACACGGAACAGAAGUGUCCGUUACCUCCAUCGCCUGGCCCCUGCCCUUCGUCCAGGCCAUGUGACCCAACAACGGCUAUGACCUUUGACCUAAGCUUCUUAGAGCGACAUGAUGAAUGAUUUGUCAACGUUUUUAUCCCAAUGGGUUUUUUUUUUUCCAGUUUUAAAGGCAGGGUGUACAAGAUUGGCGAAUGUGGUUCCUUUGUGUGUACACAUAAGCUAGCAUUUGAACACUUUAGGUACCAAGUUAACUAUUAUCUUUCCUACUGAAAUAAACCUACUUGAAUUAUUAAA